GAAGCUUUCGACGCGCCGACAGCGGAAUCGCAUCAGCAAAGGAGCAGGGGCCAAGGGCAGCAGCAGCAGCAGCGAUGGUGGCCUCCAACAAGAUCGUCGUGUGCGACAACGGCACGGGGUUCGUGAAGGCUGGGUUCGCCGGUGAAAACUUCCCCAAGGCCAUCUUCCCGUCCCUCGUGGGCCGCCCCGUGCUCCGCGCCGAGGAGGCCGUGCAGACGGACAUCCUGCUCAAAGACAUUAUGUUCGGCGACGAGGCUGCCGCCGUGCGGUCGAACCUCGAGAUCUCGUACCCCGUGGAGAACGGCAUCGUCAAGAACUGGGACGACAUGGAGAAGCUCUGGGACUACACGUUCAAGGAGCGCCUGGCCAUCAACCCGCGCGAGGGCCACCGCAUCCUGCUCACGGAGCCGCCGCUCAACCCGAAGCGCAACCGCGAGAAGCUCGUGGAGAUGAUGUUCGAGAAGUACGGUUUCGAGGGCUGCAACAUCACGACGCAGGCCAUGCUCACGCUCUACGCGCAGGGAAUGACCACGGGCGUGGUCAUCGACACGGGCGACGGCGUCACGCACGUCGUGCCCGUGUUCCAGGGCUACGUGCCGCAGCACCUCAUCUGCCGCCUGGACGUCGCCGGCCGCCACAUCACCAACUACCUCAUCAAGCUCAUGCUGCUGCGCGGCUACCCGCUGAACCGCACGGCCGACUUCGAGACGGCGCGUCAGAUCAAGGAGAAGUGGUGCUACGUCGCCUACGACACGGCCGUGGAGCGCAAGUUGGCUCUGGAGACUACCGUCCUGGAGGAGUCGUACGAGCUGCCCGACGGCCGCGUCGUGCGACUCGGACGCGAGCGCUUCGAGGCCCCGGAGGCGCUGUUCGACCCCAACCUGAUCGACGUCGAGGGCGCCGGCCUGAGCGACAUGGUGUUCGACAUGUGCAUGAAGGCCGACAUUGACCUGCGCACGGAGUUCUUCAAGAACAUCGUGCUGUCGGGCGGUUCCAGUAUGUAUCCGGGUCUGCCGAGCCGACUCGAGAAGGACAUCAAGCAGCGGUACCUGACCGACGUGCUGAAGGGCGACAAGAGCCGCCUGAGCAAGUUCCGCCUGCGUAUCAACGACCCGCCGCGCCGCAAACACCUGGUCUUCCAGGGCGGCAGCGUGCUGGCUGACCUGAUGAAGAACAACGACGCCUUCUGGCUGCUCAAGAGCGAGUACGAGGAGCAGGGGCUGCGUGUUCUGGACAAGCUGCAGCAGCAGUCGUAG